AUGUGGCUGCGUUUGACGCGCUUCGUCCGUUUCGCGGCGAACAACGCCGGGGUUAGGCAGACAGUCAAAAAAGACGCGGCGAAGCAAGGCGCCGGAGUCGCUGAAGCGGUGGCCAAGAAUGCAGGGGAAACGGCUGCGAAGGCCGCGGAGGAAGUGAAAGGUAAAGCUGAGGCGUCUCUCUUCGCGUCUUCUUGGGAGCGCUUCAAAAAGUACGGAAUGACCACGCAUUUCUGGGGCCCGAUCGCGAACUGGGGACUGGUCCUCGCUGGGUUGUCUGACAUGCAGAAAUCGCCGGAAAUCAUCAGUGAAAGAAUGACAACUGUUUUGUGUAUCUACAGUCUGCUCUUCAUGCGUUUCGCCUACAUGGUGCAGCCGCGAAAUUACCUCCUUUUCACCUGUCACUUCUGCAAUGAAGGCGUCCAACUCACUCAGCUCUUCCGGAAGCUAAAGUACAACUCAGAGCGAGCCGAAAAAUCCGCCAAAGCUUGA